CCAUGCAACAACUGCUACUACUCCUAUCUAGCUUGUCGUAAAAAACCAACCAUGGCAUCCGCACCUAAAACGGCUCCCAAUUACCAAGCAGUUCACUUCAUAAUCAUCUUUGUCUUUGUUAAUAUCGUAAUUCCAUUUGUCUCUUCAACGGAUUCCGCCGUUGCUCGUGCUUCUCCUGCAACUAAAACAGUUGCAAAACAAAGCGAAGCAGUCACUCUCUUGAAGUGGAAAGCUAGCCUUGACAAUCAAAGCCAAUCUCUCCUUUCAUCAUGGAAUGAAACUAGUCAUUGCACUUGGGUCGGAAUUGGUUGCAACGAGGCGAGUAAAGUAACCAAUUUAACCCUUGACAGUACUGGUUUAAGAGGUACGCUUUCCAGUCUUAACAUCUCAUCGUUACCUCAUCUAGUGAAACUUGAUCUGUCCAACAACUUAAUAUAUGGGACCAUUCCCUCUCAGAUCGGCAGCCUUUCAAGACUCGCAUCUCUUAAUAUGUCUGUCAAUCAUCUUUCGGGAACGAUUCCUACAGAUAUUGGGAUGCUAAGAUCUCUCGUUGACCUUGAUUUGUCAGCAAAUAAUCUAACGGGGUCCAUCCCCACUUCAAUAGGGAACUUGAGAAACCUCACAACGUUAUACCUGUACGAGAACUCUCUUUCUGGUUCUAUCCCUCAAGAAGUAGGAAUGCUAAGAUCUCUCACUCAUCUUCAAUUGUUAAUAAAUAAUCUCACGGGAUCAAUCCCCGCUUCAAUAGGAAACUUGAGAAACCUCACAACGUUGUACCUUUACGAGAACUCUCUCUCUGGAUCUAUCCCUCAAGAAGUAGGAAUGCUUACAUCUCUCAUUGAUCUUGAAUUGUCAACGAAUAAUCUCAAGGGAUCAAUCCCCGCUUCAAUAGGGAACUUGAGAAACCUCACAAGAUUGAUCCUUUUCAAUAACUCUCUCUCUGGAUCUAUCCCUCAAGAAGUAGGAAUGCUAAGAUCUCUCAUUGAUCUUGAAUUGUCAACGAAUAAUCUCAAGGGAUCAAUCCCCGCUUCAAUAGGGAACUUGAGAAACCUCACAAGAUUGAUCCUUUUCAAUAACUCUCUCUCUGGAUCUAUCCCUCAAGAAGUAGGAAUGCUUACAUCUCUCACUAACCUUUUAUUGUCCAUGAAUUAUCUCACGGGAUCAAUCCCUACUUCAAUAGGGAACUUGAGAAAUCUCACAUUGUUGUACCUUUUCGAGAAUUCUCUCUCUGGAUCUAUCCCUCAAGAAGUAGGAAUGCUUACAUCUCUCAUUGAUCUUGAAUUGUCAACGAAUAAUCUCAAGGGAUCAAUCCCCGCUUCAAUAGGGAACUUGAGAAACCUCACAAGAUUGAUCCUUUUCAAUAACUCUCUCUCUGGAUCUAUUCCUCAAGAAGUAGGAAUGCUAAGAUCUCUCAUUGAUCUUCAAUUGUCAACGAAUAAUCUCAAGGGAUCAAUCCCCGCUUCAAUAGGGAACUUGAGAAACCUCACAAGAUUGUUCCUUUUUGAGAACUCUCUCUCUGGAUCUAUCCCUCAAGAAGUAGGAUUGCUAAAAUCUCUCACUAUCCUUUCAUUGUACAAGAAUAAUCUCACGGGAUCAAUCCCCGCUUCAAUAGGGAACUUGACAAACCUGACAAUAUUGUACCUUUACGAGAACUCUCUCUCUGGAUCUAUCCCUCAAGAACUAGACAAUCUUAGAUAUCUACAGUCUCUUGACAUAAUGUCUAACCACCUCACAGGUCGUCUAUCGCCGAACAUGUGCAUUCAUGGAUCAAUUAUAAGACUAAUUGCAGCAAACAACUAUUUAGCAGGUCCAAUCCCGAACGGCUUGAAAAAUUGUACUAAGUUAAUUCGUGUCAGGCUUGAUCGAAACCAAUUGAAGGGGCAUAUUUCAAAAGCUUUUGAGGCACUCCCAAAUCUGUUGUAUCUAGAUCUUAGCUAUAAUAAAUUGGACGGUGAGAUUUGGCCAAAAUGGGAACAACUUCCUAAUUUGACUAGCCUAAAGAUCUCCAAUAAUGACCUUUCUGGAAACAUUCCACAUGGCAUUGGAAGUGCAACUCAGUUACAAUUACUCGACCUCUCUUCAAAUCAUCUAGUUGGUGGGGUCCCUAGGAAUUUGGGAAAGUUGGUUUUAUUGUUCAAUCUUAUACUUAGCAAUAACAAACUUUCACACGAUAUUCCAGCUGAAAUUGGAAGCCUGUCUAGUCUUCAGCAUCUAGACUUGUCUGGAAACAAUCUUAGUGGACCAAUUCAAGGAAAGCUGGGUGAGUGUGUGAAUCUUCUGAACUUGAACUUGAGCAGAAAUCUUCUCAGGGAGACUAUUCCUUAUGAAUUAGGAAAGUUGCACUUUCUUCAAAAUCUCGAUCUUGGAAAUAAUUUAUUAACUGGAGAGAUACCACCAGAGAUUGGGGACUUGAAAACGUUAGAGACAUUGAACCUCUCCCACAACUUCUUGUCCGGUUCUAUCCCCUCAUCUUUUAACGGGAUGUCAAGUUUAACGUCUAUUGACAUAUCUUACAAUCACUUGGAAGGUUCUCUGCCCAACACAAAAGCAUUUGAUGAAGCUCCAUUUCAGGCAUACCGAAAUAAUGACAGAUUGUGUGGCAAUAAAACUAGUUUGAUGCCAUGUUCACAGAGCAAAGGAGAUAAUGGGAGAAAUCAUUACAAAAUUGUACUAGCAGUUGUAGUUCCUACGUUGGGGAUUUUAUUUCUUACUGUUGCUAUGAUUUUUCUUGUUCAUCACAACAAAAUGGGAGACAAUGAAAUCGAGCCAAAUAAAGAAGCUAAUAAAGAUUUGUUUGAGAUUUGGAGCUUCGAUGGAAAAUUGGUGCAUGAAAAUAUCAUCCAAGCAACCGAAGAUUUCAAUGAGAAGCAUCGCAUUGCAGUUGGUGGAUAUGGCGUUGUUUAUAGAGCGGAGCUGCCAAGUGGUCAAGUUGUCGCUGUAAAAAAGUUUUCUCCUUCACAAGAUGGCGAGUUGACUAAUCUGCGAAGUUUUACGAGUGAGAUUCACGCAUUGAUAGAGAUACGACAUCGACAUAUCAUAAGGCUUUUGGGUUAUUGUUCACAUCCACAACACUCAUUUUUGGUUUACGAGUUCUUGGAAGGGGGGAGUUUGGACAAGAAACUUAGCUGUGAUGAAGAAGCACUAAGUUUGGAUUGGAGUAAAAGGAUGAAUGUUGUUAAAGGUUUGGCAGAUGCUUUGUCAUAUAUGCACCAUGGUUGUUCACCCCCGGUCAUUCAUCGCGAUAUAUCAAGCAAGAAUGUUUUGCUAGACUUAGAAGACAUCGCUCAUCUCUCCGAUUUCGGAACUGCUAGACUUCUAAACCUGCACUCGUCAAAUUGGACUUCCUUUGUAGGCACCUUGGGAUAUGCUGCUCCAGAACUUGCUUACACAAUGGAGGUGAAUGAGAAGUUAGAUGUCUAUAGCUUUGGAGUUUUAACACUGGAAGUUGUAAUGGGGAGGCAUCCAGGGGAUCUCAUCUCUUCUCUUUCUUCAUCAACUUUGGAUCCCUCACCACCAUCUUCUUAUGGUAUUUUCGUGAAGGAUGUAUUGGAUAAAAGGCUCCCACUGCCAAGGAAUCAAGCGGAGGAAGCAGUGGUUCUUGUUGUCAAGCUAGCACUUGCAUGCUUGCGCCCCAACCCAUGGUGCCGACCAACUAUGCACCAAGUUUCUGUGGCUCUAUCGAAACAGCAGUCGCGCCUGCAGAGCCCGUUUCCCAUUAUCACAUUAGGACAACUACUUGAUGACAAUUGUCCAAAUGCCUGAGUAUUCAUGUUGUCCCCUCAUUGCUUGGGUUUUGGUUCUCCAUUUUUCUACUGUGCGAGGUAUGGAAUUUUCUAACAUUGGCUCUAAGAGUUUUUUGGGUAAUUCAUUGGCGCUAAGGUUCUGUAUUAUAUCUAUAGUAUAUUUGCUUUUUUCUACCAAUUCAAAACUUUGUGAAUUAAUUUUGAUUAUUAUACGUAAUUUUUAGUAUUGGCAUUCAAAAUGAAUGAACAUAGCCACGGAAAUAUUACCUCGUACACCUGGCGCCAACUCUAGGCUAAAUUGCAGAGUUCAAAUUUGGGCACAGUGUGGUGGGAAUGAUAUCUUUGUUUGGUUCUCAUCUUUGAGAAACUCAUUUUUCUCUCUGCAUGUUUCUCAAUAACUUUCUCUAUCUAUCUCUCCACUCAUUACAUCAAAAAUAUUUUUCAAAGAUGGGAACCGAACAAAGGCGAAUGGAUGAAGACAAAGGGAAGAGAGGAUUGAGUGCAAAGGCAAUGGCAGAAUUCACAGAUUAUUGUCAAGCUACGGUGGAGGGAAGAAAUGAGAAAGGAACCAGUCAAGUAGUGGAAACAGUCUUGGGAGAGACCACAACAGGCCAUGGUGGACGUUGAAGAUCAACAUUGAUGAUGCAUUUAUAAAGGAAAACAAGUAAAGGGGGAGUGGGUUUUGUCCUUAGAGAUCAUCUGGGAAGCAUUCUAAGUAUGGAAGACAUUCCAAUCACAAAAGCAUUCUCAACUGACAUGGUGGAAGCGAUGGGAUUUCACAUGCCUGUGACCCGUUUGCAGAAUUUAGGAAGGAAUAAUGUUACAGUAUCUUGGAAGGUGAUGCUCAGAAGAUCAUUCGUAUGCUGCAAGGAUGGAGCUUUUUUCUUCUUUUUUUAUCAGCAAAAGUAAUAUAUUAAUUAUUGGGGAGAGGGGAAAGGCUUCCAACCAAAAGUUCAAAGGAGCACGAUCAAGGCUUAUUUGGAUAUCAUCAUUCAUAAUACUUUAGCUUCCUCUUCUACUCUAAUUUCUUGUUCUUUUAAUUUUAUUCCUCGCACGUGUAUUAGGGUGGCUCAUUUGUUAGUCAAGUAUGUCAUAUCUCUUGUUCUCCACUGACUUGGAAUGGGGACAUUCCCACCUGGGCUCAGUUUGAAGCGUCUU